AUGGACAUUGUGGGCAUUAUUUGUGUGAUCUUNAAUAAUAAAUUGAAAUCUUUAUUUAGUAUGAAUAAAAAUCUAAAGAUUUGGAAUAAGAAUCAUAAAACUAAUCAAAUAAAAAAAUCCUUAUUGAUGAAUUGUAGGAAAAGAAUUAGAUUCUAAAAGAAUAAGUGAAAGGUUAUGGUUAAUAUUCAAAGAUGCAAAAAGAAAAUAUAAAUUUAAGCAAUUAUAAUACUUAGUGUGAAUAAGAAAUAGCCAGAUUAGAAGAUACAAUUACACAAUUAGAAUAAUAAAUCAAGAAUUAGUUUUAAUUGAAAAUAUACACUUAAGAGACUCCAAAAAUUCCAAAACCAAAAGUAAACUGUUUAUCGGAAUAAAAAUAAAAAAAGUAAUGUUCUUCUGAUGAUAAACUUUAAAGAUAGAAUGAUAUGCUAAGAUAGAUUAUUUCUAAAUUUGUAAUUUAAUAAUAAUCUACUUAGUUUUUAAUAAAUAAAUGUUAAAGAGGAAAAUCUUUAAAUAGUUGA